AUGAGCCUGAAACGUCGAGGAUCCGAGCUGGAUCGUGAAGCGAAGAAAAUGAAGUCUGACAACAGAAAUGGGGACGAUGCAGUCUCAUUCAGAAGUUGGGUGCAGGAUACCCAGGCUUCGCCUCGUCAGGCUGUCACUGAUUUGGCCGACUUGCCCCAAACGGCUCGCGAGCAAGUCAACUAUCUACUACAAGCUCUUAGUGAUAUCCCCCCAGAGACUCUGUACAAAGUCAAUAUCUUUGAUCAAAUCAACGCAAUCAACUCAGAUGGUGACUCGCCGCCUGGAUUUACAUUCAAGCCGCCUGAAAUAGAAAUCAUGGUUGGCCAUAAGCACGGAGGUGAUUCUACUCACGACUGCGAGGACCCCGCCUGCGAUAAAUAUUUCGCCAAAGCUAAAGCCAUACCUUAUGCCGAUGGUUACCGUUACUUUUCAGUCUAG